CCGGGGUUGUGGUCAGGAGUGAAGGCGGCAGGCUGCGGUAUGGAUUCCCCGGGACUGUUGCCCAGCGCCGGCUGCCCGCGGGGAGGCAGCCGGUGAGUGCACCGGGGCCGUCUGCUGCCCUCGGUGGAGGGGCUUGCGGGACUUACUUCUUGGAAGAAGUUUGCACCAAAGAUGUUGAAACGGAAGCAGAGCUCGAGAGUGGAAGCUCAGCCUGUUACGGACUUUGGUCCGGAUGAGAUGCUGACGGACAAUGCUGACAUCCUGUGGAUUAACAAGCCUUGGGUCCACUCUCUGCUGAGAGUUUGUGCCAUCAUCAGCGUCAUUUCCGUCUGCAUGAACACACCCAAGACCUUCGAGCACUACCCACCGCUGCAGUAUGUAACGUUCACCCUGGACACCCUGCUCAUGUUCUUGUAUUCUUCAGAGAUGAUUGCAAAGAUGCAUAUUCGAGGCAUAGUCAAGGGUGAUAACUCGUACGUGAAAGAUCGCUGGUGUGUGUUUGAUGGUUUCAUGGUCUUCUGCCUCUGGGUGUCCCUGGUUUUGCAGGUCUUUGAAAUCGCUCAGAUUGUCGACCAGAUGUCCCCACUUAGCAUGCUGCGGAUCCCAAGACCGCUCAUCAUGAUUCGAGCGUUUCGAAUCUACUUCCGAUUCGAGCUUCCCCGCACUAGGAUUACGAAUAUUUUGAAGCGAUCAGGAGAGCAAAUCUGGAGUGUCUCCAUCUUCCUUCUCUUCUUCCUACUCUUGUAUGGAAUUUUGGGAGUUCAGAUGUUUGGCACCUUCACCUACCACUGUGUGACCAAUGACACUCAGCCAGGGAACGUUACCUGGAAUAACUUGGCCAUCCCAGACACCCACUGCUCACCAGAUGGAGAGGGGUACCAGUGUCCACUGGGCUUUAAAUGUAUGGACCUGGAAGAACUUGGCCUGACCAGACAGGAGCUAGGCUACAGUGGAUUCAAUGAACUUGGCACCAGCAUAUUCACGGUUUACGAGGCUGCUUCACAGGAGGGCUGGGUUUUCUUCAUGUACCGGGCCAUUGACAGCUUCCCUCGCUGGAGGUCGUACUUCUACUUCAUCACCUUGAUCUUCUUCCUUGCCUGGCUCGUUAAGAACGUGUUCAUUGCUGUGAUCAUUGAGACUUUUGCGGAGAUAAGAGUCCAGUUUCAGCAGAUGUGGGGCCCACGAAGCAGCACCACCUCCACCACCACCACACAGAUGUUCCAUGAAGACGCCGCUGGAGGCUGGCAGCUCGUGGCAGUGGAUGUCAACAAGCCUCAGGGCAGAGCUCCUGCCUACCUGCAGAAAAUGAUGCAGUCUUCCAUCUUCCACAUGUUCAUCUUGUGCAUGGUUGCUGUUGAUGUCACUGUUGCCGCCAGCAAUUACUACAAGGAGGAGAAUUCCAGGAGCCAGUAUGAUGUGUUUUACCUAGCAGAGGUGGCCUUCACCAUUCUGUUUGACCUGGAGGCGCUGGUGAAGAUCUGGUGUUUGGGAUUCACGGGUUACAUCAGCUCAUCUCUGCACAAGUUUGAGCUGUUACUGGUGCUGGGCACCACAUUGCACAUCUAUCCCGACCUCUAUCAUUCACAGUUCACCUACUUUCAGGUCCUGAGGGUGGUCCGUCUAAUUAAGAUAUCCCCAGCGCUGGAGGAUUUUGUCUACAAGAUAUUUGGUCCGGGGAAGAAGCUGGGCAGUUUGGUAGUCUUCACCGCCAGCCUGCUGAUCGUCAUGUCAUCCAUCAGCCUUCAGAUGUUCUGUUUUGUGGAGGAGCUCGACCGAUUCACCACAUUCCCAAGGGCUUUCAUGUCCAUGUUCCAGAUCAUCACACAAGAGGGAUGGGUGGAUGUGAUGGACCAGACGCUGAUUGCAGUUGGCCACGUCUGGGCCCCCGUCGUGGCCAUUUAUUUCAUCCUCUACCACCUCUUCGCCACUUUGAUCCUCCUGAGCCUGUUUGUCGCUGUCAUCCUGGACAAUCUCGAGCUGGAUGAAGAUCUGAAAAAACUCAAGCAGAUUAAGCAAAGUGAGGCCAAUGCUGAUACCAAAGAAAAGCUUCCACUUCGACUCCGAAUCUUUGAGAAGUUUCCAAACAGGCCACAAAUGGUGAAGAUAUCCAAAUUGCCCUCGGACUUCUCCGUUCCCAGAAUCAGGGAAAGCUUUAUGAAGCAAUUUAUUGAUCGUCAGCAGCAGGAUACGAGCUGCCUGCUGCGUCGACUACCGUCGGGAUCAUCAUCAUGUGACCAUUCCAAGCGGUCUUAUGUUGAGGAUAACAAGUAUAUCGACCAAAAGUUGAGAAGAUCAGUUUCCAGCAUCCAAGCUCGAAAUCUGAUUGAGAAGGAAAAUGCUGUGAAUAAAAUAUUCCGGGUUUGCACUCGCCAACGUCUGUUAGGAGGUUCCUUUGAGGGACAGCCUGCAAAAGAACGUUCAAUUUUAAGUGUGCAGCACCAUAUCCGUCAGGAACGCAGAUCCCUUCGACAUGGGUCAAGCACGCAGCGAAUCAGCAGAGGCAAAUCACUGGAAACACUGUCACAAGAUCACUCCAGCACAGUUCGGUACCGGAAUGCCCAGCGAGAAGACAGUGAGAUAAAGAUGAUACAGGAGAAAAAGCAGCAAGCUGAAAUGAAGCGCAAGGUCCAAGAAGAAGAAUUACGUGAAAAUCAUCCUUACUUUGACAAACCCCUCUUUAUCGUUGGACGGGAGCAUAGGUUUCGAACAUUUUGUCGGGUGGUGGUGAGGGCUCGGUUCAAUGCAUCAAAGACGGACCCAAUUACAGGAGCAGUUAAGAACACCAAGUAUCAUCAGCUGUAUGAUCUGCUUGGACUAGUUACCUACUUGGACUGGGUAAUGAUUGCAGUGACUAUCUGCUCGUGCAUUUCUAUGAUGUUUGAAACACCAUUUACAACAGUCAUGCACACACCAACCUUACAGAUUGCAGAGUUCGUGUUUGUGAUAUUCAUGAGCAUCGAGCUGAACCUCAAAAUCCUGGCUGAUGGUUUAUUCUUCACGCCCACAGCUGUCAUCAGGGAUUUUGGCGGAGUGAUGGACAUCUUUAUUUACCUUCAAAGCCUGAUCUUCCUGUGCUGGAUGCCGCACACUGUCCCUGCCCAGUCAGGAGCCCAACUGCUGAUGAUGCUGAGGUGCCUGAGACCUCUGCGGAUAUUCAAGCUGGUUCCUCAGAUGAGGAAGGUUUUGCGAGAGCUGUUUAGCGGUUUCAAAGAAAUAUUUCUGGUUUCCAUUCUGCUGUUAACACUCAUGCUGGUCUUCGCAAGUUUUGGGGUUCAGCUUUUUGCCGGGAAACUUGCCAAGUGCAAUGAUCCUCACAUCACCAAGCGGGAGCAGUGCCACGGAAUGUUCCGGAUCAAUGUCAGUGUGUCAAAGAAUCUCAAUCUGAAGCUGAAAGAUGGGGAGAAGAAGCCAGGCUUCUGGGUUCCACGUGUCUGGGCCAACCCUCGGAACUUCAACUUUGACAAUGUGGGAAGUGCGUUAUUGGCCUUGUUUGAAGUGCUGUCAUUGAAAGGUUGGGUAGAAGUCCGAGACGUCAUCAUCCAUCGAGUGGGCCCAAUUCAUGGCAUCUACAUCCACGUCUUUGUUUUUCUUGGCUGCAUGAUUGGACUGACCCUCUUCGUUGGUGUUGUCAUUGCUAAUUUCAAUGAAAAUAAGGGCACUGCAUUACUGACGGUUGACCAGAGGCGAUGGGAGGACCUGAAAAGCCGGCUGAAGAUCGCUCAGCCCCUUCACCUGGCUGCUAGACCUGAUAAUGGUGGGCUCCGAGCUAAAAUGUACGACAUAACGCAGCAUCCAUUCUUCAAAAGGAGCAUUGCUGUGAUGGUCCUCGCUCAGUCAGUGCUCCUGUCCGUCAAGUGGGAUGUUGAUGACCCGGUCACAGUUCCUCUGGCGACGAUGUCCGUCAUCUUCACCUUUAUCUUCGUCCUUGAGGUGACCAUGAAGAUCACGGCCAUGUCCCCAUCUGGAUUCUGGCAGAGCCGACGCAACCGUUAUGACCUGCUGGUGACAUCGCUGGGUGUGAUCUGGGUGGUGUUACACUUCGCUUUACUUAACGAGUACACCUACAUGAUGGGCGCCUGUGUCAUCGUGUUCCGCUUCUUCUCCAUUUGUGGGAAACACGUAACAUUGAAGAUGUUGUUACUGACUGUAGUUGUCAGUAUGUACAAGAGCUUUUUUAUUAUAGUUGGCAUGUUCCUUCUCCUGAUCUGCUAUGCCUUUGCUGGAGUUGUGUUGUUCGGAACUGUCAAGUACGGGGAGAACAUUAACAGGCAUGCAAACUUCUCCUCUGCUGGUAAAGCCAUCACUGUCCUGUUCCGCAUUGUCACGGGGGAAGACUGGAAUAAGAUCAUGCAUGACUGCAUGGUCCAACCACCAUUCUGCACUCCCAGCGAUGAGAACUACUGGGAGACAGACUGUGGUAACUAUGCUGGUGCCCUGAUGUACUUCUGCUCCUUCUACGUCAUCAUUGCGUACAUCAUGUUAAACCUGCUCGUUGCUAUCAUUGUGGAAAACUUCUCACUCUUUUACUCCACCGAGGAAGAUCAACUCCUGAGCUACAACGAUCUUCGUCACUUCCAAAUCAUUUGGAACAUGGUUGAUGACAAGAGAGAGGGUGCUAUCCCAACUUCCCGCGUCAAGUUCUUGCUCCGCUUGCUGCGUGGGCGGUUGGAAGUGGACCUGGACAAGGACAAGCUAUUGUUCAAGCACAUGUGCUACGAGAUGGAGAGGCUGCAUAAUGGCGGAGAUGUCACAUUUCACGAUGUCCUCAGCAUGCUCUCCUACAGAUCAGUGGACAUCAGAAAGAGCCUUCAGUUGGAGGAACUACUGGCCAGGGAGCAGCUGGAAUACACCAUUGAGGAAGAAGUGGCCAAGCAAACAAUACGAAUGUGGCUGAAAAAAUGUUUGAAGCGCAUCAGAGCAAAGCAGCAGCAGUCGUGCAGCAUCAUCCACAGCCUGCGGGAGAGCCAGCAGCAGGAGCUCAGCAGGUUUCUCAUCCCCCCCAGCAUCGAGACGACACAAGCCAGCGAGGAGAUGCUCGCCAGCAACCAGGACAGUGAGGUCCAGCCAGAGACCAGUAGUCAACAGCAGCUGCUGAGUCCAACACACUCAGACCGAGGCGGGUAUCGAACUGACUCUGGAGACAUCGGCAAGCCUCAGAGGAAGUUUGGUCAGUGGCGUCUCCCAUCAGCUCCUAAACCCAUCACCCACUCAGUAUCCACCGUCAACCUGCGGUUCGGGGGGCGGACGGCCAUCAAAUCAGUCAUGUGCAAGAUCAACCCGAUGUCAGACACCACCUUCUCCGGCUCUGACGUGAAGAAGUGGUGGACCCGGCAACUGACAGUAGAGAGCGAUGAGAGUGCCGACGACCUGUUGGAUAUUUAACGGCAAGGGGCAGGGUGAGACUUCCACCCGUCUUCCUGGUGUAUUUCCAUCAUAAAAUGCACAACGUACUUCAGUAACUGGGUGAUGCAGAGGAGCAAGAGGAGGUCACUCUUCUCAUUCCAUGAGAUUACACAGCUGAAUGCUUUCUAAAGAAAUCAUCUAUGUACCUCAGUUUUAAACGUAAUCGUAAUAAUGUUCCUUAUUCAAGAUUCUCCCACUAGUGGAAACAUCUCAACAUCUACCCUGUCCCUGUCAAGGUCCCUCAGGAAAUGUUUUAAUAAGGUCACCCCUGAACUCCAAGGGAAGUUCACCCCUCAAUUCUUCUGAGCUCUCUCUGACCCUUCCUGAUGAGACAGCCCUCUCAUCCCAGCCAUUAACCUGCUGCUCCUGAGCUCUCUCUGGCCCUUCCUGAUAAGACAGUCCUCUCAUCCCAGCCAAUAACCUGCUGCUCCUUGCAGAUCAAGUGUUUCCAUCUCUGAUUUAACACAUUUCUGGAGGCUUCAGAGCAGAUUUUUGGCCCCCAGUUGUUCCGCACCCACGCUUGUCAUUAGCUGGGCAGCAUGUCCAUUCUCAUAAUGCCCCUUGACAAAAUGUUCAUCCGAAAGAAUGAAAACAAUUUAUUUCUAAUGCCCUGGUUCCUAGCACAGUUUCCGUUGGAAGAAAUAUCCAGAGAGAUUAAUCGUCUGUGCCUGGAGUGUUUUUUGCCCCCUACAAAAUGUUCUUUAUUACAAAUUCGGUGCUAUACAGUACAUACAAAACAGUGACUGACACAAUUACUUCACUACAAAUAGAGAAUACACAUUAAACCAAAAUGUUUCCAUCUCUAUCAAUGAUGGCAAUUACCCCCUGCGGAGCCCAACAUUCCCAGAACGCCUCUAAGGUUGGACUGUGCGUGUUCCUUCUCAAUAUUUACCCGGGCACGAACAUACCCCCUAAACAUUGCCAGGCAGUCUACCCGGGCAGAUCCUCCCACCACCCAUUUCCAAGACCCACGGAUGGCUGAUUUCGCCAGCCCCAGGAGCAAGUUGACAAGGGCAUCCUCAUCCUUCCAUGCCCCACUCCUUACUGGAUGGCCGCAUAUAAAUAGGGUUGGGCUAAAAUCCAACUAGAAGGCGAGAAGCAGCACAGGCAGAUAUGCAAAAAGGGGCUGUAGUGUCACACACUCCAUGUACAUGUGGUACACGGUCUCCCCCAGCCCGCAGAAGUGGCACGCGGCUGGGAGAUCCGUGUAGGAACUAAAAAAUUUAUUACAAGGCACCGCUCUAUGCAGCACCCUCCACCCCCGAUCCCCAAGGUGCAUGGGAAGAACUCCCUCGUAAAGGGACUUCCACUGGGGACCCCCCUGGCCUCCAGGUGGAAAGACCGACCACCAUGGCGUGUCGGGAUGGUGGACAAGCGCUAGGAAGUGAAGUGUGUGUAGCAGCAGCCCAUAGAGGUACCUCCUACUUGCAUCCCUGAAUGGAAUUGUGGGUGUCGAGGAGAGACGGCUCAAGUUGUGUGGACUCUGCUCUCUGAUAAGAUUGCGGGACCUGGGCCCGACGGGCAGCUCAGCCUGAAUUGCUCCACACACCUGAGCAGCACCGACAUCCAUUGAGGAGGGCAAGGGUCGGCCAGGACUCCAUCCUCUGCCAGAGGGGGGGAUUUUUGGCCUGAGGCAACUAUGUUCCAGACUCUCAGUAGGUGCUGAUAGAAGCCGGGCAGACUCCGCAAAACAGCACGGCUGAUGCCCACCAGUGGUAGCUGCAUAUCUUCGUGAAGACAGCAGCCCCUCCGGAGGAAGAAAGUUGCCAACACGUGCCACCUGGGAGGUGCUCGGCGUACAGGAAUCUCUGCAGAGUCCUGAGGCGGAGAGCUGCCAGUCCCGUACAUACAGUGUUGUUUUUUUUAAAACAAAAUUCUUUAUUACAAAUAUCGGUGCUAUACAAUAUCUACAAAAAUAGUGACUAACAUAGUUACUUCACUACAAACAGACAAUACACGUUAAACCAAAAUAUUACCAUCUCCAUCAAUGAUGGCAUUUACACCCCACGGAGCCCAACGGUCCCGGAACACCUCUAUGGUCGCCGUGGACUGCGCAUGUUCCUUUAAUAUUCACUAUUCAAUAUUCACCCGUGCACAAACAUACCCCCUAAACAUUGCCAGCCAGUCCACCUGGGGAGAUCCUCCUGCCACCCUUUUCCAGGAGCCACAGAUGGCAGUUUUCGCCAGCCCCAGGAGCAAGUUGACAAGGACAUCCUCAUCCCUCUGUGCUCCCCCUCCUUACUAGAUGACCAUAUAUAAAUAGGGUGGGGCUAAAAUGCAACAAGAAGGCGAGAAGCAGCCCACGCAAAUACGCAAAAAGGGGCUGCAGUCUCGCACACUCCAUGUACAUGUGGUACACGGACUCCUCCAGCCCGCGGAGGUGGCAUGCAGCUGGAAGAUCUGUGUAAAGACUAAAAAACUUAUUGCAGGGUACCGCUCUGUGCAGCACCCUCCAGCCGAGAUCCCCAAGGUGCAUGGGAAGAACCCCCUCAUAAAGGGACUUCCACUGGGGACCCCCCUCACCUCCAGGUGGACAGACUGACUGCCAUGGCGUGUUGGGGCGGUGGACAAGGGCAAGGAAGUGGAGGGCAGCAGCCCCUAGAGAUACCUCCUGCUUGCAUCCUUGAAUGGGAUUGUGGGUGUCGAGGAGAGACGGCUCAAGUUGUGUGGACUUGGCUCCCGGGCAAGGCUGCGGGGCCUGGGCCUAACGGGCAGCUCAGCCUGAGUCGUUCCACACACCUGAGCUGCACCGACAUCCGUUGAGAUAGGGCAAGGGUCGGCCAGGACCCCGCUCUCUGCCAGAGGAGGGGAUUCCCGGCCUGAGGCAACCAUGUUCCAGUAGAUGCUGAUAGAAGCCGGGCAGACUCAGCAAAGCAGCACGGCUGACGCCCGCCGGUUGUAGCUGCAUAUCUUCGUGAAGACAGCAGCCCCUCCGAAGGAAGAAUGUCACCAACACGUGCCACCUGGGAGGGUGCUUGGCGUACAGGAAUCUCUGCAGAGUCCUGAGGCGGAGAGCCUCCAGUCGUGUACAUACAGUGUUGGGGUUUGGUGACCUGGGGUGGAUGCAGAUGAUUCCACCACAACGUUGUGUGGUGGUGAUUUGUGUGCUUUGCUGCCCUCUGGUGUUGAAUCCUUUGAUGUGCAAUAACAGGGGCCUACAGGUUAUGUUUGGCUAUGUCAGGCCCAAUCUCAAAGAAUUUGCAUUUCUUAUCGAAGCCAUAAAGGAUAUGAAGCCUAUUUGUAGCAAUGUCAGUGGUAAUACAAAGGGGUGUGUGUGUGUUUGCCUCUAGACAAGUCUCGGUUUGUGUGUACGUGGGUGCAUGCAUGUCUGUCCAUGUGUAUGUUAUGUCGUUAGAGUGAUACAACAUGAAAACAGACCUUUCAGCCCAUUAUUUCUCUGCUGACCAUCAAAUGCCUAAUUGUACAGCUCCCAUUUUCCAGCAUUCAGCAAGUACACUCCUCCACCUUUCAUGAGUUUUUCUCUUGUAGGUUGCGUAGGAUUGUACAGCAUGGAAACAGACUGUUCAGCCCAGUUUGUCCACAAGUGGACACCCACCUGUAUUAAUCUCAUCAUCAUCACUUGGUUGGUAGCCCUACACUGAUUCAGCUGCUAAAUGCUGUCACCACUCUCUCAGGCAGUGUGUUCCAGGUACCUGUCCUCACCAGUCCCUGAGUGAAGAAAGUCCUCUCUAAAUCUUAUCCCCCUUCCCCAUUGCCCUAAACCUACAGUUAUUUAGUUUUACCUAUCUCUGAUAAGGGGGAAAGCUCCCUGAAAUCUACCCUAUCUCAGAAUUUAAUAUUUAGAUGUUCUUUGCUUCCACCACACCCUCAGAGAGUGGGUUCCUGAUUCCAGUCCCCUCCCUGAGUGAAAAGCUUUUCCUCAAAUCCACACUAAACAUCUUACCCCUUACCUUAAGGCCCUGCUCUCCAGUCAUCAAUGGUCUGUUCCAGAGAAAAGUUUCACUCUCUACCCUAUCCACCCACUUCACAAUUUUGCAAUCAUCAAGAUUCUGUAUAUCUCAUAUGUGUGUACCUUGUGUGAGUGAGUGCGUGCGCGCAUGCAUCUCUGUGCAAAUGUAUGCUUGUUUGUACAUGGGUUACAAUGCAUAUCUGCAUUGCCUGUGGUGUAAGUAAGGCCUAGGACCAGGUGGGCCAUUCAACCCAUUGAGUCUGCUCUGCCAUUCCAUCGUGGCUGACUUAUUAUCCCCCUCAGCCUCAUUCACCUGCCUUCUCCCCAUAACUUUUGAUGCCCGUACUACUCAAGAACCUGUCAACCUCUUCUUCAAAUAUACGCAGUGACUUGGCCUCCACAGCCGUCUGUGACAAUGAAUUCCACAGAUGCACCACCUCUGGCUGAAGAAAUAUUUGUGUGUGUGUGUGUGUAUGCAUUCAGUCUACUUGUGUGUGCACAUGCAUGAUGGCGUAGACAUAAAGGAACGUCCACCUCCAAAGAGUUCUGCUUCAGUGGAGCAGGAAGAAUUGGGUAGCAGUCGCUCUGCACUCUCUCGCACACAUUGAGAUCUGCCAAAGUCGGUGCCAGUGAACAUGACUGAGAACAGGCAGCUGCUGACACGUGCUGUGUCUAAUGUAGAUCACAGACAGACUUCACCUGCACCCUCCUUUAGACUGCGUUCUAACAGUGUGUGUGAUAUGAUAUUCCAGUAUGCUGGUCACAGCACAGAAACAGGCCCUUCAACCAGCUGAGUCCACAUCAAACACCCACUCACACUAAUCCCAUUUUAAUCCUGCCCACAUGCCCAUCAUCUCCCCCCCUCCCCGAUUUAGCCCUCACCCACACACUGAGGUCAAUUCACUGCAGGCAAUUAACCUGCACGCCUUUGGGAUGAGGAAGGAAGCCAGAGCACUCAGAGGAAACCCACACGGUCACGGGGAGAACAUGCAAACUCCACAAUGACAGCACUGAGGUCACUAUCUAUUGGGCAGCUGCUCUGCUAAUUCCACUAUUGUGUUCUGCAUUUACUAAGUAUCUAUGUCUGGUCUUGUAUGUUUUCUGAAUCUCAGAAGUAUAUGCAAAGUAAUUACCAACUGUUUUACUAUUAGUCACUCUGUUUCAUUCCUACCUUAAUGCAUUCAGUAACCGAGGCAUCACUUGUAGAUGAUAUACCUUUUUAUUUUAGAGCUUUAAAUAUCUACUAUUAAUUAAGAGUCUGUUACCUUUCAGAUUUAUUUUACUCUCAAUUUUAUCUAAACAAAAUAUUAUUAAUAAAGAUUAAUUGUUUUUUUAUUAUACUGUGUAGCAUUUGGAUUGAUUUUUACUAAUUUCUAGUUAUGCUGAAGUGGGUCUUUCAAAUAAAGUUUUGAGGAGAUUGGAUCAGUGUUAUUAAAUGAGUUACCACAUGUAAAUCAGGUCAGCUCUGUAAGGAAUUACUAUUCCAGAAGGUUUUGUGAGAUUCUGACUGAAAUAUAUUCAUGAAGUUGCUUACUGGGCAGUUUUCAACAAUUAUUUCUAAUGAGACAUGGACUCCUUGUUCAUCUGGGUAUUUUCCCAGGCUUAAGGCUACUUUUGUAGUUUGUUGAAUGUUAUCUUUCAGACAACCCCAGCAUGGAUGAAUAUUAACCUUUCACUCCAUAAUCCUACAUCAGAUCUGAAAUAUUAACUGCAUUUCUCUCUCUUUCCAGGAAUGUUAUAUUAUAUAUACAGUAUUUAUCCCACUGUCCCACACAUUUUCCU